AUGAGCAGCAUGGCUCGGUUUAAUGCCGACUACAUGCUCUUGGAUCAUGUGCUGCUGAACGAAGCAGAGAACGAGGCAGCAAGUGUAGUAGACUUCUCGUUGGGAUCGUCGGAAGGCAGCUUUGCAGCUCACCCAGCUCACGUCGAUGCCAUCACCCAGGUGGCCGGUUUUGCUAUGAAUGCCAAUGACAAUGUCGACAUUGAGAAACAGGUCUACGUCAAUCACGGGUGGGACUCGUUCCAGAUCUACCAACCGCUCUAUAAUAGCAAGUCUUACGAGGUCUACACUAAGAUUGGUCAAGCGAAGGAGAAUGAUUUGGUUCAUGGCGAUGGCGCUGGCGUCGAACAUCUCAUGGGCGUAGAGCCCGCCGUGCAUAUUUCGCCGACGGAUGAAGAGGUGAACGCAAUCGAGAGUGCAUUUGAAUUUGAUCCUGGAUUUCCGCAUACCUUUCUCAGUGGUUCGAUGUUUGCUCAGGGUACGCCGAAGGGCGGGUAUACCCCUGAUGAUGUUUGGUGGACCAAGAUGCUGGGCACGUUUGACUGGGUUGAGGGAGCGAAGCCCAUUCGUCCUCAACCAUGA